UCCCCGCCUUCCACGAGCCGAUUGGGUUGCUCGGUGUAUCUGCUCCUCUCCCGCCCUCUCUCUCUCUCUUUCGCUAGUUUUCUUUGUUCGUCUGUCCCUCCGUUCGCCUGCGGUCUCGUUGACGUUCUCCGCACUUGUGUGCCAUCGCUGCCAUCGCUCAUUUCGCUUGCGCAGUCGUAGGUGUUGAAAACUGCAAGCGCCCAAGUGCGGAAUUACGCCCAAGUGCGGAAAACGUCAACCAGGUCGUAGGCAGUUCUAUCUCUGCAACAGGCGCUCUAUCUCCGUCUCUGGUAUUGCAGGCGUUGAAGAGUGACAAUGGCGCGCUCGUUGCAAGGGGCUUUAAUCGUCGUUCUCCUCUGCGGUCUGGUAUACAGAGUCUCUGCCGCCGAGGCUGCGGAGGAUGUGUGCGACAUGCGGGGAGUGGAUUUCAGUUCUUUGAAGGACGAUUGCAGCAUGGUGUCUAGCUCGAUGCGCAACGGGGCGGGGAAGGCGGGAGCUUGCUGCAGCAAGGUGGAUGCGCUGAUGGUUGACGUUCUGGAGGCUUCCAAGUUCGAUCAGAUGUGCAUGGGGGAGUUUUUCCGCCAGCUCGCGACGAACGGAUACCCGAUCUUAGCGCUCAACUACGUYGACGUUUGCGGCGGGGAGGACUGGAGACGGKCGCUGSAAAYUGYUYCCGCUGACCCCUCCCUGUCGCAGGGRCCGUCGCGGGUUCCGUCUGAACUUYCUCAGGCGUCUCAACMAGUCSGCCCAAAGACGGUUCCCAGCUCCGCGCCGUCGAGUGCGCAGCCGUCAGGCGCCGUUACGCUUGUCAUCCCAGUUUUGAUGCAAUUGGCGUUCGCUAUGGCGGCUAUUGCCUUCUUCCUUCGCUAAUUAAUUAAGGGAAGAGAGAUGAACCACACCAAGAGAGAGGAAGUGACCCGGGGAGGAGGAGAAAAUAAGGGAGCGAGAGCACUGCAGUUCCCCGUUUGUCUCAUCGUGCACGCUCGAAACUAGGUGGUCCCCCCCCCUACCACACUCCACCCCAAUGGGAUUUUCUGUUUUCCUUAUCAAUUGAAUAUAGCGAGAAUAAUAGGUGGUGAUUGACGACACCUUCCCCCUCCUGCUAACGGAGGUAAUCAUUACCGGCACAUCGGAUAUCGAAAUCGCGUCAUAUCAACGAGUUAUAGAUCGUAUUUGCUAACGGAGGGAAUUUAGUUAUCACCUCUAACGUAGGAAAUUUAGUUAUCGCCGCUAACGGAGGGAAUUUAGUUAUCACCGCUAACAGAGGAAAUUGCUAACGGAGGGAAUUUAGUUAUUACCGCUAACGGAGGGAAUUUAGUUAUCACCGCUAACGGAGGCGAUUUACUUAUCACCGCUAACGGAGGGAAUGUAGUUAUCACCGCUAACGGAGGAAAUUUAAUUAUCACCGCUGACGGAGGGAAUUUCCUUACCAGCUAUCACUGCCGCAUUGGGAGAGCUUAGGUUUCGUUGACGUCUCCGAAAGUUUUUCUUUGUUCUCGACCCCUGAAACCCUCCCCCCCUCCCUCCCCCCCCCCUCCCCUUAAUAUUGUCGAGUUCUGCGCAGUUUAUCAAUUUCUACACAAUCUUGUUUGUUCCAUUUGGUUCGGUUUGCUUUUUUUGGUAAAUAAUGUUAAAAUAAUGUUACGAGCGAGUUGAGUUUUCCCAGUGGCUGUCAGGGAGUAGGGUGGGGCCGCAAGGCCCGGGGGAGGGUGGGGGGGGGCGGACCGAGGAUUUUGGCAGUAUCUGGGGAAAGAGUCAACGAGCGUCUCAUUUCGUGGAAAGUAUUUCCGGCGGGGGAAAAGUAUAAGAGUCCGACAUCGCGCUCUUGCACAAAAAAAAGAAGAGAAAAGAAAGGAGGGCCCGAAAUUUUUGUAAGAGGAGGUAUUGUGCAGCGCAAUGCUGCUUGUGAUGGAUUGAUCGAUUGAUUGAUGGUUGGAUUUGUUCGUCGGCCGAUCGGCCCGAUUACGAGAGUGGACGAUCGACUGGUCGAUUCGUGCAUUGAUUGGUUGAUUGGUUGAUUCGUGCAUCGGUUUGGUUGGUUGAUUGGUUGACUUAAUGAGUGAUUAGGGUGCAUUGAUCGGCCAGUGGGUCGAUCCGUUGAUCAAUCAAUCGCAGGCCAUGUG